CACUCAUAAACAACUGUUGAUAGUAGAAGCAAUUGUACCACACUGCAAUCAUAGCCUGACUUCGUAUUCAAAUAUGCUAGUAGUAAAUCGACUUUUAGAGAGACAAGACACCAAAUAGUCAAACAGUAUUCAAAUAGAUUUUUCAACUCAGUGAUUUUUUUGCAUUUAUAAAUACACAUAUUUACAUAAACAAAAAUGGAUAAUGAAAUAGUACAACCGAAAGCAUUCCCCAACAAUUUGCUGCAAAAAGAUUGGACAAAGAGAAAGUUAUCGGAGCAGUGCGGUCAGGGGUUUGUCGAUAAGGUACACGAUAUGCUGGUGAGAGACGACGAUGUAUGGAUUGUGACGCUGCCGAAAUGUGGCACAACUUGGAUGCAAGAAUUGCUGUGGUUGGUCUUGUACGACUUUGACUUUGAGGCGGCACGCAGUGAGCACUUGGAAGUGAGAACACCGUUUUUGGAAUUUGAAUAUAUGAUACACAAUGACUUGGACCAUGCACUCGACCAAACUGAGGCACUUAAAUCACCACGCCUCAUCAAGUCACAUAUGCCAUUGGCACUACUACCGCAGCAGCUGUGGAUCAAGAAACCCAAGCUAAUUUACGUUUACCGCAAUCCGAAAGACUACAUUGUUUCACGAUAUUACCACAGUCGCAGCCUCGGCUUUUGUAAGGUCACUACCCUGCAGGAAUUUGCAUUGGAGUGCAUAGAGGAAGAAAGCACUGUGCCUUCGGAAGACUUUGAACACGUCACCGAGUUUUAUGAGCUACGAAAAGAGCCGUGGAUAUUCUACACUAGUUUCGAGCGCAUGAAACUGAACUUGCGUCAAGUUAUUGAAGAUAUUUGCAAAUUUCUAAAUAAGGAGAUCAACGAAGAGCAAAUGCAAAAAAUGUUGCACCAUCUGUCGUUCGAAGAGAUGAAAAAAAAUCCCAAAGUAAAUCAUCGCUGGGAGUUCGAGCAAAUGCGUGCUAAAUUUAAAAGCGAAUAUGAGGAUAAUAAUUUUGUACGCCGAGGUAAGGCAGGCGGCUAUAAGGACGAAUUGCCAGCAGAUAUUAUCGCCAAACUAGACGACAUGAUACAACGUAAUCUCGAUUAUUAUGGACUCAGUUUAAAUGAGUUGCUUCUGCUUGAUGGCGAAGUUGCGCUGUAAAAACUUCUUUUGCAUAUUACUAAUUUACAUAAAUGUUAUUUCAAUCAAAUAAAACAUUUUUUAUUAUUUUUCUAUA